AUGGAAGGAGUGCAUAACCUUCAUCAUCAAGAACAAGAACAACAACUAUCCACCGAGUUGCUCCGACUCAGAGACUCACUUCAACCCAUUGACCUCUCCUUGCUCCAACACAACACCCCCGCCGCCGUUCGUGUCCCAACUCCGGCCACCGCAAGUGGUGUAUGCCAGUUCUACCACCACCACCCUAACCAGCAAUGCGGCGCCACUACUCCUUCCGGCUCCAAUUCAAUGAAACGGCCCUUGCCGGACACCUCCUCCGCCGAACGGAGGGCUAAGAGGCACUUCUGGGAUCAAGAUAGCCCCGACCUUCAAGGAUUCUCCUCCGUUUCGCUUCCGAUGAGCAUUGCCGCCCUCACCGGAAACAGCUCCGACGGUCACCCGGUUCUCCGCCGCUGUGUUUCCGACCCAACUAAGCCUCCAACUUCGGCGAAGGGUUUCGCCGGAUCAUCGCCGGAGGCGGGCACCGGUUCCGGGCUGCCACCAUUGCCGCCGAGUCUGAGGAGGACUGUGUCUGAUGUCACUCCUUCGCCGCCGAAGAUCUUGUCUCGCUCAUUGAGCUCUGAAGAAACCACCACUCCAGAUUUUUCAAUGGACAAUGAUAAUUGGAAAGGAGAAGAAGAAGCUGUGAGUGUAGAGUGGGCUGAUAGGUGUGUAAGAAUUAUUUUUAGGUGCCCUUGUGGAAAGGGUUAUGAGGUUCUUCUCUCUGAAAACACAUGCUACUACAAGUUGGUCUAG